AUGGAAGAGAAAGAAAGCCAUGAUUAUGAACGUGACUGCCUGAGUGAUCUCCCUGAGGAUAUCCUUGCAUCGAUCCUCUCUUUGUUACCAACGAAACAAACAGUUGCAACUACAGUUCUGUCCAAGAGGUGGAGAUACAUUCUUCAACCGAACGCUUUUCUGGUACAACUGAUUGAUAGAGGCAUCCGAGAGUUCUCAAUUUUCAACAAAAGCAUUGGCUUCUAUGAACUCCCAUCUCAGGCUUUCUUUUGUCUGACACUGGAGAUCCUAGAGCUCAAAAAAUGCACCUUAUCACUCCACCCACUGCCUUCGACCUUAAAUCACUUAACCAACAUCAAGAAUCUCAUCCUCAUCAGGGUUUAUAUCAGCAACUAUCAGUUCAAACAGUUAACUUCUAGUUGCAGGCUCCUGGAGAGCUUGAAGGUUGAUGGCUGCGUAGGUGUGAGUCAUUGUAUGAUAUGUGCACCAACAUCACUGACAUUGGAGAAGGAAGGAAUUGACUACACUGAUAUUUUUGCUCCUGUGGUGAAGCUCAAUACUAUCAGGACAAUGAUGAGUAUUGUAGCUAUUGAAGAUCUUCAUCUCGAGCAGUUGGACGUGAAGACGAUAUUUCUUUAUGGAUAUCUAGAAGAGGAGAUAUACAUGUGCAGAUAUGGAGGAUAUCAGGAGUUUGAAGCAGCAGUUAUCAAAGAAGUUUGA